UCAGUAAUCAUUCUGUGCCCUGACGUUCUCCGCCGCGGGUUCUCCGUUCCGUUCUUGGUUCCCCGAGGUACCCCGAGGUUCCGUUAUAAAAGAAGCGUGCCGCGCUCCAAACCGAUGGAGUUCAGUCCGAGACCGCAACGGUUCCGCGUCCUGCCAAGCAGCAGCAGCUUCUAAAAGAAAAAAAUUAUUAAAAUAUCUAUAAAAUAGUAGCAAAUAGUGAAUAGUUUACAGUGCAACCGAGUGUUAAAACUGCUAAAAGUUUUUCUAAAAAAAAAUAUUUAAAAACAAAAUAGACAUCGUUAACAUGCAUUUUAUUACCUUUUCCUUGAUAGCCUGCUGCUCCCUGACACUGAGCUGGGCCAAUGAGUGGGGCUACCCGGACUUGGACAACAACCAGGAUGAGCCAUUUCCCAAAUGGGGCGGUCUUUGCGAUAGUGGCAAGAAGCAAAGCCCCAUUAAUCUGCAUGUCAAGGGAUCCCUGAAGGGUGAAUUCGAUCCUCUGAAGUUUGAGAACUAUGACGAGCACCAGAAGAAUUUGAAAAUGGUCAACAACGGGCACUCAAUUCAAUUGUCUGGUUUUGAUCACGAGCUGACCCUGAGUGGCGGUGCCCUGCUCCAUGACUAUGUGGUGGAGCAGAUCCACAUGCACUGGUGGUCAGAGCACACCAUCAAUGACAUUCGCUAUCCCCUGGAGGUGCAUAUUGUCCACAGGAAUACGAUCUAUCCAAAUAUGACGAUGGCUGCCAACUUUAAGGAUGGCAUUGUGGUGAUGGGAGUGCUCUACCAUGUGUCCAACACAAGGAACGAGGCCAUUGGAAGCAUCAUCAAGAGUCUGGGAGCAGUGAAGGCGUAUGACAGCAUGAACAAGCCCGUUUUGGUGGCGGACUCUCUGGCAGUGGAUGACCUGGUGCCCAGUGUGGAGAGUUACUUCACCUAUGCCGGCUCCCUGACCACACCCACCUGUGCCGAGGCUGUCACCUGGAUUGUGCUGACGGAGACAUUCCCGGUUACCUUGGAUCAGGUGAAUGAGUUCAAGGAGAUCGAGUACGAUGAGGGAAAGCAGCUGCAUAACAACUACCGGGAGUUGCAGAGCGAGAACAACCGAGCGGUGGUGCUGGUGGAAAUGCCUGUGGAUCGAUCAGGAGCAGCGGGACUCACGGCCUCUGUAUCCUUGAUCCUUACGCUCGUCCUGAUGGGCGGCCAGAAGUUCCUGCUGUAGAUUCAGUUAGGGGAGCACAACAAGAGAGAGCAGCAGCCAAUGACAUAUACUCGUACCAAAGAAUUGUUAAAUACAACGAAUUUGUUAACAACAAAUGAUGGAAAUGAAAACAGGAGAAGGAGCGUUACAGGAGACAAUUUAUACUCAUUAUUUUGUAAUUCAGAACAGAACAAGAAUCCAGCUAGUCAGUUUUGUGUGAAGUUCAUCAUGUGCAAAGUUCACAGAAUAAUAAAUGAAAUAUUUUACAA